GUGUGCGCAUGCGUCACGGGAAUCUGCGGCUCAGGAUAAGAUGGCUGUAAAGAAUUUUGCUUCCCGCCUCAGAGGAUCCCGGCGUUUUUUGAGUGGCUUUGUGGCCGGGGCCGUAGUGGGUGCUGCGGGAGCUGGCUUCGCGGCCCUGCAGUUCCUUCGGAGUCAGAGCGCGGAGACUGCAUUGGCGGCGAGGGCGCCGGACGGAUCCACAGAAAAGGUUCUCUUGGAACAGUUUGGAUUUCCUUUAACUGGAACGGAGACUAAAUGUUAUACUAAUCAUGCCUUAUCUUACGAUCAGGCAAAGCGGGUGCCUAGAUGGGUUCUUGAACAUAUAUCCAAAAGCAAGAUAACGGGUGAUGCAGACAGAAAACACUGUAAAUUCAAGCCUAAUCCUGACAUUCCUCCAGUCUUCAGUGCCCACAAUGAAGACUAUCUUGGAAGUGGGUGGUCACGUGGACACAUGGCUCCAGCAGGAAAUAACAAAUUUUCCACUAAAGCUAUGGCAGAAACCUUUUACCUUUCUAAUAUUGUGCCUCAGAAUUAUGACAAUAAUUCUGGAUAUUGGAACAGAAUAGAAAUAUACUGUCGAGAGCUAACAGAAAGAUUUGAAGAUGUUUGGGUAGUAUCUGGACCUUUGACCUUACCUCAGACUGGAAGUGAUGGAAAGAAAACAGUUAGUUAUCAGGUGAUUGGUCAGGACAACGUGGCGGUCCCUUCACACCUUUAUAAAGUGAUCCUGGCUCGCAGAAGUCCAGUGUCGACGGAACCGCUGGCACUGGGCGCCUUUGUGGUGCCCAAUGAGGCCAUUGGUUUCCAGCCCCCAUUAACUGAAUUCCAAGUGAGUCUCCAGGACCUAGAGAAGUUGUCAGGACUGGUGUUUUUUCCUCGUUUGGAUAGAAGUGGUGAGAUCAGGAAUAUCUGUGCUGUGGACACCUGUAAGCUUCUGGACUUCCAGGAGUUCACGCUGUACUUGAGUACCCGAAAGAUUGGGGGAGCCUCAUCCGUGCUCAGACUGGAAAAGAUCAUGGACCAUUUGAAGAAAGCAGGAAUUAAACCCGAUGAUUACUUCCUCAGUCUCUAUGAGAAGAAACUAGAAAAACUCAAAGCUAAGGAGCAAUCGGAAGCCCAGGAAAGAAAGCCAUCCUAGUUUUUCCUCUCAGAAGUUGUGGGAUAGCGUCUGUAAUAAAGCCAACAGGCUCUCGUCAAGUGAAUAUCUUUUAGUGGCUU